AUGCGUAACAGAAUGAAACCACAGAUCCUUUGUGAAGGCACCAGAGGCAGCGAAAACGCAAGAGAAAAACAGCAGGCAGAACUGAGGAGGAAACACAUACUGUGUCUUGGGAAUGGAAAUUACCUCUUAUUAAACUGCUGUUUGGUGCUCACAGCUAUUGGAGUUGUGGUCUGAAACACUGAUUGCUGUCCGUCAUAAAGGCCCUGGGCUCACUGUGCCGCCUGGAGCGGUGAGCGCCUCGUCCUCCUCCCUCGCAGCUGAGCAGGGUGGUCUUGUUCUGAGGUGCCGCGGGUACCACAGGGCGCUGACAAUGGCUUCUGCUUGGGAGAGGAAGUGGCAGUACUCAGAUCUGGGGAAGAAAGUGGUGUUCCUCCCCAGCAUUCUUCUGUGUGAGCAGUUCACGGACCCUGGUUUCCCCAGGAUGCUUCAUGGAGUGCUGCUCCUGCUGGAUGUUUCAGGUUUCACGACCUUGUCCGAGAAGUGCGUCCAGCGGAGCGGCCCAGACAGAGGAGCUGAGGAGCUGGCGCAAACCCUCAACGCCUUCAUGAGGGACAUUCUGGAGGGUAAGAGCCGUGCUGCUGGGCUGUCGGGCAUUGAGCCCUGAGGCUCGCUCGCUGUGGAGAGAGCCGUGCUGGGCCACCCGCUCCUGCCUCCUUGGAAGGGGUGAGGAGCCGGAGCCGGGCUGUCUUUGGUGGGGCCCGGCGCCAGGACAAGAGGCGGUGGGCACAAACUGAAGGGCGGGAGGCUCCGCUGGGCGGAAGGAAAGGCCUCUGCGGUGAGGCUGACCUAGCUGUGGCACAGGUUGCCCAGGGACGCUGUGGGGUCUCCCCACCCGGAGGUCUUCACGAGGCCUGCGGAGGUGGCCCCAGGCAAGCGGCUCUGGGUGGCUCCGCUGGAGCGGAGGGGUGGGCAGAGCUGGAGCAGACGCUCUGCAGAGAUGCCCUCCUGCU